AUGAAUGAUCAUCAAAAUAAACCGAAUCUAUAUGAACGUGAAAAGGAACCAAGUGACGAUAAUUUGCAAAAACCUGAUAUUUAUAUUAAAUAUUUACCAUUCUAUGAAUCUAUCAAACGACAUGGUUUUGAAUCAUUUGAUGAAAUUCGAGAAAAUCUAUCUCGUACUAUUCAAUUAGGUGAAUUGCAUCCGAAUUUCUCGGUUUGGUCAAAUGCACUGAAACGAUUCAUUGACAUUUACGGUUUCUAUUUUACCAAAGUUCAUCAUCUCAAACUUAUUAAUUUUUAUAUAUCUAUUCUUUCCAUUUCGGAUCUUAAUUAUUCUCAUGCAAAAAUAUGUUUUGAUAUGCUCUUUCAACUUCUACAAAAAACUUGUUUAAUUACACGUAAUGAAUUAACAAUCGAUUGGCGUAUAUUAUAUCGAUGGGCUAAACUCAUUUUAUAUAAUCAUGAUGAACAAUAUUCAUUAGUUAAAUUACCAAAAUUUAUUGAUAUUUCGUUCAAUUGUUGUAUUGAAUGCUGUUCUUCAUACUUUUCGGUAACUGCUACUCAAGAAAUUCUUGAUCAAUUUCGUCCAUAUUUAUGUCCAUAUGAUUCAGCCUUUUCCGAUGCUAUGAAAAUGUUUGAUUCAUUUCUACCAAUCGAUCUACCUCCAGGUUUACAUAAUCAAGGAUUUAAAUUAUGGUUAACAGAAUUGUUUAAUAUUUGGGAUUGUAUUUAUAAUAAUACUGAUAGUGAUUUAUGGGAAAUGUAUCUAGUUCAUCUCUUUUCAAAUCUUGCUUGGUAUAAUAUUGGUUAUAUAGAUUGGGAACCUUGGUUAGCACAGAUUUUUACACGUAUACUCAAUCGUUUUUCACUUCCAAUAGGAAAAAAUAAUGAAUCACAAAAUAGUUCUCCAUAUAUGAUGACAGAUGUAGCACGAUGGUUUGUUGCUAUGAUAGGAAAUAGAAGUUCAUGUCUUCAAUAUAUGCAUGAACUAUUUAUUGCUAUUAAAACUUUUUAUUAUCCAUCAAAUACUGGAGAAUUUCAAAAAUAUUUAAUUGAAUUGAUUUUACAAUUGACUGAACAAUUUGUUGAACGAGUACGAUUAGAACGAAAAAUUCGUCCUCAUUGGAAUUUUAAACCACAUGAAUCGUAUCGAUUAACUGAACAAAAUAUUACGAAUUUUGUCAAUUGUAUUAAAGAUUAUGUAUUUAUGUCUAUUUGUAAUCAAGAUUAUAUUGAAGAUGCAGCUAAAGCUUGUCAAUAUCUUUCCAUACUACGACCAGAAUUAAUUAUACCACCGAUUAUGGACAGACUAUUCUUAUCAAUUGAUAAUAUGAUUGAACCCGAUCGUUUCACAUUAAUUAUGAAAUGUUUACCUGGUAUUGUUCGUCAGAUAGUACGACAAACAACAACUUAUUCAGAAGGUCAAAUUUAUGUUUUACCUUUAUUAAUGUCUAUAUUACCUGGAAUUGAUUCAAAUGAUUCAGAAAAAGUAGAAGUUACUUUUGAAGUUCUUGACGCUAUUCUCAAGCUAGUUCAAUGUAUUGAUUGUUCAUCGGCAGUAUCCAUACGUACCGAUCUAACAGAAAUUGAAAAACAAGUAUGUUUAUCAACAACACAAUUUGAAGAUUUUGUUACUGAUUUUCUCAAUCGAAUAUUUCAAAUGAUUUCUCGACGAUCAACUGAAACAUAUGAUGCUGCAUUUUGUUCGAGUUAUGGUCAAAGCAAACCUAUCGAAAUACUUGAAUCAUUCUUACCACAAACAUGUGAACAUAUUGAAAAUAUAAUAAAUCAUUCACAAAUAGAUCAUAGAGGUGAUAUUGAAUUAAUUUGGUAUUUAACUCUAUUUUCGGAGCUUGUUCAUGCUCGUAGUGGUACUUUACUUAUCUAUAAACAAAUGAUUAUGUCUAUAUUUCAUAAAUGUAUUCGUAUUAUUCAUAAAGAUUCAUAUGAAAUUAUUGCUAAAGCAGCUAAAAAUUUAUUACAAUCACUUACUCAAUUAUAUCCAAUUCGUCAUGGAUUAUCAAAUAAAAAUUCUAAUGAAUUAUUUACUGAAUUUUUACCUAUUCGAGCUUGGGGUCAACAUAUUGAUUUUGAUCAAUUUCAAAUACAUUUUCAUUUUCCUAAUAUAAAUGAAAUUAAUUUUGCUUGUGAAUUUGUUAAUACAUUUAUUUAUGAUGAAUUUCAAUUAUUAAAUGAAAAAUAUUUACAACUAUCGAAUGAUGAACGAUUGAGAUCGCUUAGAAUAAUUCAAUACAUAGCUAUGGGAUGUUUACAUAUGGUACCUAGCAUUGAAAGUAAUCUAAUAACAGAUCUUGUACCAUCAGUUGUUCCUUAUGGUUCAAAAUAUCAAUUUCGAUAUCCAAUCUAUUCUAAAGAACCGAGUAAGAUUCGAAGUAGUAUUUGUAAGAAGAUAAAUUUUUCUUUAGAAUUUAGAGAUAAUUUACGUAUGCGUAUUUUGAUUGAUAUUGGAAAUUUACUCGAUAUUCUUAUAAAAAAUCAUUCGGAUGAUGUUGCAUCAAUAAAAACAGCAAUUAAUAUCUAUACACUGUCAUCUACUUAUUAUGGUUCAACUCCAAAUGAUAUACAAGCAUUAUGUAUUAUUAUUAAUUCAGAUGAAAAUUUAUUCAAAUCUAGACUUGGUGGUAAACGAGAAAAUCCUCGAUUUUUAAUAGUCAAACAAAUUAUAUUACAUAUCAAAAUAUUUGAGUUAUAUUGCUUAGAAACUUUUACCGAAAUCGAUAAACAAAUCGUAUUAAAAUUAUUUGAAUUAUCAAUUAAUCGUUAUAGUGAAAUUCGUUGUAAUGCACAAAUGAAAUUGUUAUCUAUUUUCAAUCAAUUUAGUUUUUCAUAUCAAAUUAUUGUUGAUUGUAUCUAUGAAUUAUUGAAUAAACAAGAUGAAGUUGAUCAUGAUCAAAUUAAAGGUUGUCUUUAUAUUCUUCUUGGUGAUGAUUCUUUUUUCUUACCUAUUCAACAUUCAUGGACAAUGAUGGAAAAAUUAUGGCCAUCUAUUAUACGUUUAAGUCAUACGAAUAAAUUCAGUAUAACAAAUAUAAUUAAUGAGAUUAGUAGUCAAAUACUCGAAGAAUUUCAUACACUACCACUCAUCGAAAAUAUUAAUAAAAUAUCUAUAGAUUCAGCAGUAAGUUUAUGGCAACAAUUAAAUCCAAAUGAAAUGAAAAUAGAUGAAGAAUAUCAAAGAAAUAAUAUUCAAUCUUAUAAUAAUCUUAUGGAAAUAUUAAAUGCAUUGAUAAAUGAUGAUAAAUCGACAUGGAAACAACAAAAAAUAUCAAUGUCAUUCAUGUGUCUUCUUCUUCAAAAACAAAUAUCAAUUCCAUUAUCAUGUAUUCGAACAUUUGUCAAUUAUCUUAUUCAUGAUAAUAUGGAAUUACGAAAGUAUGCUAUAAUGGGCAUGAUAGCAUUAUGUCGUUUGCAAAAACCACCUCGAUUUUAUAUACAAAAAACACUUGAUGAAAUUCUUGGUUAUGAAAAUUCAAAUAUCAUUGAUGAAAAAUGUUAUCCUGGUGAUCGUGAUGAUAAUUUAUGGGUGACAAUCAACAAUUAUAAAAUACCAGAUACACAAAUUGAAUGGGAAAAAAUAUGUUUUUUGGAUAAAUCUUUUCAUGGUUAUUAUAAAUGGCCAAAAAUUAUUGAAUAUUGUUUGAAUAAACGUAUACGUUACAUUCAAGAUACAAUGCCAGAACAAGUAGCUAUUUUAUAUGAUCGUUUUGUUGAUAAGAAAUUUAUUGUACAAUUGAUACAAUCCGUAAUCUUAGAGGAAGAUGAUGGUGAUAUAAACUUUAGUAAAAAUCGAUUCUUAAUGUAUAAGGGCCUUUUUCGUAAUUUUGGUAAUAUAUUUAUGAAAAAUUUUAUGGAACAACUCUAUGUACUUAUUCAUGAGACGAUAAGUGAAAAACAAGAAGGUUGUCAUCGUACUGCAGCUGAAAUUGUAGCUGGCAUAAUUCGUGGUUCAAAACAUUGGACAUUAGAAAUGCUUGAUGAACUUUGGAUGAAACUCAUACCAUUUCUUAAUGAAGUAUGGAAAAAUUUUACUCAUGAAAAUCGUUAUUAUUGGGGUUUGUGCUUCAAAUAUGGUAUGGAAAAUCAAGAUCCUCGUCGAAUGUACCGAUUAAUUGAUUAUAUUUGUUCAUUGAUUACGAAUAAUCAUGUCAUGGAAACUGCAUUUGAUGAAACAUCUCGAUGGUUUCUUGUUGAAGAAUUAAAAACUUUUCAAUGGCGUAUUCCAUCUAUUUGGUGUAUUAUUAAUAAUUAUGCUAAAGAAUUACUUGAUCAUCCAUUUAAAACAGUUCGAACGUAUAUUGCUGAUAUAUUAUCAAUAUCAAUUAGUUUUGAUAUUAUAUUACCAAAUGGAAAAUCAACACGACAUCCUAAAAUCAAUCAAUUUAUUGAUACUAUAUGUGAACAAUUACAUCAAGCCAUUGAAGUUUAUGAAAAAAAUCCAAUAGUUAAUAAUUCUGAUCAAAUUACUGGAAUCGAUCUUGAAACUCGUAAAGCAUUAAAUUUAAUCGAAACAGUAAUUCAAAUACAAACAUACUUAUUUGAUUGGUGUCAACAACCAGUUAAAAGUGCAACAAUUCGUCUGUUUCCUCAUCUUUGUGCAAUUGAAAGAUUUGUAGCAAAUAAUGAUUUCUUCGAAGAUACAUUGACAACGAGUCUAACACAUAUUGCUAUGAGCUAUUUAGAUACAAACUUGUUAAAAGCGUUUAUUGAGCAAUUAGAACUAAUUUGUACGAGUUCUAAAUGGCAUGUGCGUCUAGCAGCCAUUGAAUUCGUUCAAAUUUUAAUAUUUUGCAAUCUAUUCAAUUCUCGUCCAUAUGCCAAACGAUUAAAUAAACUUUUGCUCAAAUGUCUAUUCGAUGAACAAUUGGAAGUACGAACAAUUGCAUCAAUGACUUUAUCAGGUUUCUAUCAGUGUGGUUAUAUUGAAUUAACUGUUAAAGAUCUCAACUAUUUUGAUGUUAUGAGCAAGACCAAUUAUUUUACAAAAACUAAUGACAAGAAAGUAAUAUCAGGAGAAAAUAUUAUUAAACGACAUGGUGGUUAG